CCACUGCCCUAAGUCAUCAUCGUCGAACGGUCACGAUGAGAGCUGCUUUCGUCCUGCGAAACGCCGCCAAAUCGGCGGGGGCCACACCAGAGCCCAUGUCGGCAGACCACACUCUGUACCACGUCUCGUCAACAGGUUUCUGGAAACGAUUCAGAGAUACCCUUGCCAUCAAUCCUCAAAUAUCCACUGGUCUUCCUCUUCCGACUCAGCACCGAUACCCACCUCCGGGAUCUCGGCCUGAGCGUUAUGCGACACCGGCGACCGCAGCGAGUGAUGUUGCAUUCAACCCCUACUGGAAACGAGAUGCCCGGAGGAACUACCCUCAGACGUCUUUCGUCACUCAAAACAAACUCUCCAGUCUCCUGAUUGCUUCGCCCUCUGUCGCCUCCAUCCCAGCUCCAAAGACUGAGAUUGAAACGCCAAGGAAUGCUUCUGCCAUCUCUCCACAGUCGGCAGACUCGACUGGAAACAUUGUUCCCACGUCUGCACCUCCAUCGUUGGACACUGUCAUUGCCAAAUUGCCCGAAGGUAAAGCCUUUAUCGGUUCCGGUAUACAAACUGGACAAGGAAGUGGACUGCCGCCUACUCCACCCAAGCUUGGACCAAAGUGGAUUCCUCAACCCGGAGAAGAGAUUCCUCGUGCUCCGUACGCAUACUUCCCGAUGGUCGGGUACAAAUAAGUGUAUGAAUGGGCUAUGGGCAAGAGCAGAGAUUUGGCUAUCAACGCAACGCUGCCGAGGCUGGCCGGCUGGCCGGCUGCUCAUCAG